GACGUCAUCACGCACCGUUUCCAAACAAUGCUCAGGAAAAAGCCACGUUGACGAUCCAGACUGGAGUGUAGUCCACAAUUUCAGGCAGAAUAAAGCAGGGAUUUCAUUGUUAGACGCUCUGGUUCUCCCCGCUGCUGACUUCAAAUCAGAGCAGACAUGUCGUCACCGCCGAAAGAGAAAGUCGAAACCAAAGGAGGACAUCUCCCUGCAGUAAAGGCAGGAGGAAUGAGGAUAGUCCAGAAGCACCAGGCCACUGCUGCUCCAGAACCACCGCAGAAAGAUGACGACGAGGAGGAGUACGUCAGCACCAGUCCACCAAAGGUCCCCAUGAUUGUAUCUGGAGUGGUUACAAAGGGUGAUAAGGACUUCACCCCUGCAGCUGCGCAGGUGGCCCACCAGAAGCCACAGCCUUGUGUCCCCAAGCUGCCCUCUGUCCAGCACAUCAACCAGCACAUCCACCAGCCCCGCAAGUGAGCCAAGCCGCAAGCUUCAAUGGCUAUGCUAACUCCACCGGCCGGCCUUCCCAACAGAACACAUAGGAUGAAGAUGUUUCCCCACCAGGCACAGAUCUCUAAAAAAAAUCAAAGAGUAGUUUUCAGCCUGUUGCUUUACAUGUAUGAGGAAUUUAUCUGCAACAGACACCCAAUGCCAAUACAGCCAUUGUAGAAGUCCCGCUUUCUUCUCUUUUGACAUUUGUAUAGUCUUAAGGUGGUAUAAGUGGGUGGAAGGUCUUCUAAAAUGGCUAUGAUUUGAGGAUUAAACAUUAAUAGAUAAACUGAUCUGAGUCUGUGGGGGGAACUCUCACCCCAGCGACAUGUUGACCCAAGCCACAUCACAACCACAACCAGCCAAUCACAGCAACCUACCAAUCAGGCCAACUUAAAAACCAGUCACCUCACAGUGAUGAGCCCUAAGCUCCAGCCUUCUACCUAUGACCUUCACAGACCAAAAGAACAAAUCAUGAGGUGCAGACCAGUUUCCGAUUAUCUGCCUCCAAUUUAAACGUUUAAAUAUAUUCAAACAAGACAAGAAACUAGGCAUUUUCAAUGUGUAAUAGAUGCGCAGUAAGGGGAACCAGUAAGAUGCAAAACACUACCCAUUACUCCUAGGAGCUACUUAAUGCAUGUCGUUCAUGUCAUGACUGUGGAUAGCUAGCUAUGGUUAUAUACUUAUAUAGCUUUUGGGCCACAGCAAAACCAGUUUCCUCCUGCCUUUUAUUUACCAGAGAAGAGUCUUGCUGAUCUCAGAUCUGCUCUCCCUUUUUACCUGCCUUCUUGGAGUUGUAACAAUGUCUGUCCUUUCCUGGCAAUGUAAACUAACUUUAAUGCAAACUCACCCUGCCUCACAGUAAAAGUUUGCCAGCAGUGCCUCGUUGCUUAGACUUCGAGUUAUUUAGUCUCAUUUGGCUCACAUCGAUUUACAUUUUAUCUGCCGCACGCCGGAGUCAACAGGAAUGGAAAUCACAAAAUCUAAAGAAAGCCAUUUACUGUGAAGCAGCUGCGGGAUGCUUUGUGUUUACGUUAACAUUACCCUGAACAUCACAAGUGGGUAAUAUACUCUAUUACAAGUUGAACAAUGCAGUUCAGAGAUGCGGAUCAGAAAAUAGUGAGGCUCCUAACUGUGAGAUGAAGGUAACAAGACGAUUUCAACAUUCCAUAGAAAAUAUGUCAACCAUGUGACGGUUUGUCAGUGUGCAAGGAUAUCUGCAGGUAUGGCUGCGUUGUGUAUCAGAAAUCUGUACCAGCCCACAAAAUCCAGGUCUGCGUUUCCUUGGAAAUGAUAACAUAUCAGCACACACAAACACAAACCACCCUCUUCCUUAAUCACCUAUCUCCUUACACUCAAGUGUUGGUUGCAAAACUAAUGUUCAGGUUUCCAUGAAAGAAAGAAAUUUAUCUUGCCAAGAAGGAAUGAUUUCCUGUGUUAAUUUAAUUAAGUUUAAAAGAGUUUAUUUUUGUUCUUCUCGGUUCAGUUUGCUUGAGUAAAUUGUUCAAAUUGUACAAAUCUUUAGUCAUUGAGUGGACGAAGGUGUUAGGUGUGGUUGUCAUAGUAAAUAAAGAUAUAGACUAUCUUGAAAAUGCC